AUGUCAUCAACUUUAAAACUUAAGCAAUACCCAGUGGAUACUUCGCGUGAAGCUAUCUUCAAUGAUUCCGUUGCCCUUCUUAAAAAAAUACCACAAUGGAAUGAAGGCAAGACUUUCUACAAGUCUUCAAACUAUCCUGUAUACUCCAAACACAACGAAGUUGACGGAGACUUUUGGUGCUCUCGUGAAACAGUGUUGAAGAACAUCAACGUUGAACGGUUGCGCAAGGCCAUUAUUGGAACUACUGAACAAGGCUUUACACAUUCUGAUUACGAGCCACAUUAUGUCCAUGAGAUUUCAGAAAUGCAAGUCCGCAACUUGCAACAAUAUAAGGAUGGAUGGAGCUACACUAUUCAUGCCCAAUACAACUUUGGCUUUCCUUUGAGCAAAAGAACAUUCAAUGAAUUGAUUCAUAUAUACAUCGAUGCAGCCAAACAAUGGGCUUUGAUAGUCAGUUUACCCAUAAAAGGUGCAUUGUAUGAGCAUUCAGUCUUGGGGGAGUACGUGUCUUUAGAAGAAUUGAAAUGGAAUGACAAUAAUGAUAGUGCAGAGUGGUUAGUUGCAACAACGUCUACUGCUGGUGGGAAUGUACCAGACUGGGCCACCAAAUGGAGUUUAGCAGGUGCGCUUGCUAAGGAUGUUCCCAAUGUUGUAGACUUGAUAGCCUCAAAGGAUUAUUUUGACGUUGGCGAGUCCGAAAUAUUGACACUUCCUACAGGGAAUUGA